AAGUGGGUGAGGUAAGAAGGUCAACGGAUAAACGAAACGUCCGCAAUAUGUCGGACGAAAUGUGUUUGUCAACAUUCUAUUGAUUUUUCUUGUUAUAUUAAAAAAUAUCAAGUAAAUUAAUCAACACAACACAAAAAAUAAUCGUAAUCAGUUAUUUCGCUGUUAAACAACUUCAUCUUUAAUAAUUCAGUGCGAUUAGACGUAAAGACAUGUAAACAUUGAUACUUUCACAAAAUCUCUGUAACUGCGACAUAAAAAUAAAGAUUAAUUGUUAAUUCUGAAUAUAUUUUCUACUUGGAAUAAAUAGAAUACUGUGCGACAUGUUUGUAAUUGAUUAAGUGUCAAUGAACUUGUACAUUUCGUGUUAAAAUUGGUGCAUACGGACAUAUGAUAGUGAGGAAGAAAAAUCAAUAAUUCUGCAGUGUCUUCGUUGCUAGGCUGUGGGUGAUGCAGUGCAAAAUAAACCGAUAAAGAUUAAAUUUUCUUCAGUAUGACGUGAGUAACAAAUAUUUUGUUACAAUAUACUAUCUAAACAUGAUGGAAGGUAUAAUAACUUACAGAGUGACUCCACUAUUGAAAUGUAUAGUGUUGUUCCUGUUUAUUUUUACGGCAAAGGUGCUCACCUCGCGGCCUCAAGAGCCGCAAGAUCUAAGGAAUGGCAUUCAACACCUAAAACCUUCUCACUAUGUGAGAACUUUCACUAAAUACCACCAUAGAAGGACCAUACAGUGGAAUAGUCAACAAAACGAGUUAAAUAAUGACUGGCCAGUUACAAAUGAGCAGCCAAAAGCUAUUGGAAAAAGAAAUGCUGAUUUGCCCAACUAUGUAGAGGUCAGAGACGUGUCUAAAGUCUAUCAACAUGCAAAGCUUUUGAAAAAACGGAGCAUACCAGAUAGUUUAUUGAAAAGAGUUUCUAAUGAACCUGUGAAGAGAAAAUACUGGUCGGUAGAGCAUUCGAAGAUUGGUAAAAGAAGCCUUGAUGUUCCAAAUUCAAAUGAAUUUGUUGGUACCUCACAUGAGAUGCCCAGACUUGAUCAGUUUACUUCCGACACUGUUCGAGACAACAUCGUAGGAUCGUUUGAAAAAAAGCCAAUAAUUUCUAGUAAAGAAAAUAAAGGGAAGAAUGGUUUGUCUGCUGAAAUUAAGAAUUAUAAAGUUAAACAGCGCAUGAUACCGACUACUACUACAACUACGAUGGGUCCUACGAUUUCAUGUUUGUAUAAGAUUCAUGAUAGCGUGGCUAUGAGUGUUACUCCCUCUUAUGCUGACGAGGUCAACGCACAGCUGGUUGUUGAAAAUGAUAGUUUUGAAACAGGCCCAAUAUCGGAGACCACUCUGCCCAACGGUGAGGUGGCUCAAGUAGAACAGUGUACAGACACAAGGGCUUCCUGUUAUACCCUGUGGCAUCAGGAUAAGGAUGGUAACAUCACUGUGCUUGGACAAGGUUGCUGGCGCUCCUCACAGUCGGAAGGGCGGAGCACCUGCGACAGGUGCACCAAGGUGGCCGCUCCGAGACUCCCCGGCACCAAGUUCUGUUGCUGCAGUAAUACAUACUGCAAUGCUGAUUUCUUAACCCUCAAAGAAGAAACAGUAACAAUGAAAGCGGAGUCCACGAUGGACAGCGGUGCCCACAACAUAGUGGCUGCUUCUAACAUCCUGGCAUCAUCCGUGCUGGCCGUAGUAGCUAUACUCAUCAUGGCACUGCUGCUAGCCAAGCUGUACUGCAGGAGUAACAACCACCAUCAUAGCGAUACUGAUACUCUUAAUAUUGAGAAAGGAGAAGUGAUGGGUAGCGGCCCUGACGCGCUUGCUACUGGACUGUCGUGUGUCGAUAAUCUUACGUUGAUUGAGCAUAUUGGUCAGGGUAAAUUCGGUUCCGUCUGGCGCGGCAGUUUAGGCAGCACUCCAGUGGCAGUCAAGUUGUACUCCAACUCUAACACUUGGCAGAAGGAAGCAGCAGUUUAUGCGUUACCCCAUCUAGCGCAUCCCAAUAUAUUGCGCUAUUACGGUAGCGACAGCCGCGCCAGUCUAACAUCCUGUGGCCGUUCUCAGCUCAUAGUAGUAGAACUAUGUGCGGAACCGCUGAGAGCUCGACUGACUCGGGCUCCUCUCUCGUGGAGGGAGUUCGCUCAUCUCGCGCACGGACUCGCCGCAGCUCUCGCGCAUUUGCAUACACCUAGUUUGUGCCUAGUUUUUAUUACUAAAUGAUCUCUAGGUGGCAGCAAGCCGUGCGUGGUACACCGCGACGUGAAUAGCAACAACGUGCUAGUGACGGCGUCUGGUGAUGCUCGGCUCGCAGACUUGGGGCUCGCUCAGCUGUUGCACGCCGCCAGAGAUAAGGCUGUGCCUACUAGGAUUACUGAGGCGGGCACCCUGCGCUACCUGUCUCCGGAGGCGCUGGAAGGUGCAUUGGACCUGAGCGGGGCCCGAGCAGCCCUGUGUGCAGUCGACGUGUUCGCGCUCGCGCUGGUGCUGUGGGAGAUGUUGUGGCGCACCCGCGGGGCCCACGCCGGGCCCCUGCCGCCCUACGCGCCGCCCUACCAGCACCACGGCCUGCCGCCGCGCCCUAGCCUGGCACAGAUGCAGAGUCUAGUAUCCCGCAACAAGGCACGGCCGCCGCUACCGAAGGGCCCGGUACAACAGUCGCGAGCGCUCAAGAUAGCCGCCGAUACCUGUGACGAAUGCUGGGACCAUGAUGCUGAGGCUAGAUUAACAGCGGUAUGCGUAGAAGAGCGUAUGGCUGAGCUAAAGCAGAUGUUACACGCUCAAGGGCCGCUCAUUCAUGACAACAAUUUGCAUCCACACCCUCCUGCGGACUCCAACGUCCCAUCGCCACCGGAAUCCGACAAGAACUCGAACUGUACCACAACACAGAACUGCGACGUUCACACCCCCCUCCUCUACCCCCACCCACACAUAGGCAGGAACGCCUGUAUCGAACGCAACACUCACACUAACACACAGCAAACCACCGUCGAACUGAUACACAAAAGCUUGAAAGAUAUCACUGCCCCUAUAGAAACAGUAAGAGCCCCAAAUAAUGAAGAAAACUGCCUUUCUGUAGCUAGGGUCCCCAGCCAUACGCGUAUCCCCCUUCUAGAAAAUUCCGGACUAUCCGAAGUCAGGUCCUACCAAAGACCUUUAGAAUACGUCCAAAAUGAUGUCACGAACCACGAUAUUGAUAGAGGUCCGAAACAAACGAAUCUACUCCAAGAUGUUAAAGUAGAAAAACCUAAAUGGGGUAUCAAAAAAUUCUUCGAGAAACUAAAUAGAAAUAAAAUGGAAACCGAAGUGAAGUUGGCGGAAAAUUCCCAAAGAACCAUGACUUCGAUAGUCGAUAAACCGUCGAAUAUUAACGAGAGGGAACGGCCUUCUAAUCUAACUAUUAGCCAAGACAGAAGCCCUUAUAAUUUCGAAGGACCUUGUACCUUAUCGCCUCCUAAUAAGACUCUUUCUCCAACAAUGAUGAUGGAAUCCGAAAAUAAAGUCUUUAACUUCAAAGAACUGCCAAACAGAGAGACUGAAGCACGAACGCCGAAUCAAAUUUUCGCAGUCAUAGUACCGAAAGCGAAGCCCCCAGAUUUUAUCGAAAUGAAAAACAAGAAAGGCAGUUCGGAAAGUCUAAAUAAGCGAUCAGUAAAAACUUCUUUAUCUUCUCAAAGUAUUUUGAAAUCGAAUUCCGAGUCUGAAGAUUCGACCGUUAAAAAACGCUUGAGUUGUGACAACAGAAUUAUUAAUAGUGCUAGUUCUUCUAGAGCGAGUAUUAAUUUAGAACUACAAUAUAUGGAUACACCAGAUAAUUACAAUGGAAACAUAAGCCCUUUUGAUAUUAACUCUGACUGCUCAAGUAGUGAGGAUGAACAUUUAAUGCUGUUAUCCGAAAAUGGGGGGUCAAAAAUCACAAUGCAAACGAUACCUAAAACUGAAGUAGACAAGAAAAAAUACCAAAAUGAAGUGUUAAAAGAAUCUAGCCAAGUUACUGAUUUCACGUUUAACAAAUUCCAAAAUAAGUAUACUAAUUUCGAUAAUGAAUUUAGCGAUCCGAAUGAUAAAGAGAAUCUAGUGAACGGUUACAGCGGCGAUAACCCCGUUUACUUAGCAGCUUUGAACGGAGAAAUUGAUACUACAGAGCUAAAAUAUCCAGCUUGUAGAUCACCUAAGCCGACUUUGAAAAACCUAGCGAUUAAAAGACAGCAUUCUUUAGAGCAAGUCAGUGAGAUUUUCACUUCUGCUGGUGAUGUUAAUCUUCUGAACCCGGCAGGUAGGGUUAAGACCCCAGGGGAUCUUCCUGUGGCCGUCAGAAGGGCGAGAAGAGAUAGGGCGUUACAGAAGGGAAGGGCUAGCGAAUGUAAUAGAUUGAGUUUAUACGACGAUAGGAUGAUGUUCGGUAAUAGUCUGUAGGUGAUUCACGUGAAUUGAUACUUUAAGAAAAUAUACUUGAAGGGGUAAAAAAUAAUCAUUUGUAAAGGUACUGAGGUAGUUCGAAAAACAAGCUUAAAAAUAUGGCUUUUAAAAGUACCCUAUUGAGGUAUGAAAAUCAUUAGUAACUUUAUUUUUACACAUGUUAGGUGUAUAACAAAAUGGCUAGACAUUUCGCUAAUUAGCUAAAGAACGUCACUUUCUAUCGAUGUUAUCGAUAAAAUAAAAUACAUCACUGUACUUUUAAGAUGAUUUAAACAUCAAGUAAAAUGAUAAAAAUAACUGGAAAAUGCAAGCUUUUUAAAAGGGUAACAAUCCGAUUUUGUUAGAAAUUACCUAUUUAUCUACACAAUAUCAGAAAAAUAUGAUAAAUAUAUUUCACUUAUUAUACCCUAUAUCACACUUAAAGUAAUAUAAAAUGACAUUUCCCAAUGCAUUUAUGUGAAUAGUCAGCAAAAACAAACAAAAAGCGAUAUGCUUUCAUAAAAAUCGUUACCUCACAUUAAAAUUAAGAAAUAUAAAAAUAAAUGUAAAGAACUAUUAACAUUCGUGCUUUUAUCAAAUUCUUUCAUUAAAUAAACUAUAUUUCACUUUGACCGGAAAAUGUUUGCAAUUUAUCUGUCAAAUUAUUUUUAACUAAUGUUUGUAUGAAAAUAUUUGCUACGAUUUGCAUGCUAUUUAUUCAUAUUAAAUAUUUUCUCACUUUACCCGGUUAUUCCUUGUAAUACGAUGUGUAUUUUUAAUGCAUUUGAGAGUCGAUUUUUCAAUCAUAAGUUAACUUCUCUCAUCUGAGAAAUAAAUAUAUUAGGCUGCGGGAUUGUUCGCGCGAGUUACCGCGGCCUUGGUACAUAAAGGGCUUAAGAAGGAACAUGGUGGGUUUGAGUCAGUAAGAGUCUGACACUCCCUCACGCUGCACCCACAGCGUGAGGAGUCAUUUGAUGAUUUCCUAUGAGAAAAGGAAUAAAUAUAACAGUUUGACAUAUUUUCUAUACAAAAUCUAUCAAGACGGAAUUUUUCUUCAGAUUAUAGUUAUGUGAUGAUUGAAAAAUCGACCCUAAAUAAGGUAAUGUUAAGAGUAACAUUUGAUUGCAGUAUGUUAAUUGGUUUAUUUAUUUUUUAUUGUUGAUAGUAAUGAUUUGCGCGGAAGAAUAAAAUAGGUAUUUGAAAAUAUUUUAAUAUCUCGCUUGACGAUUUAAAUAAUAUCUUGA